AUGUUACUGAGGUUCGGGCUCAUUCUGACUCCAGAGGCUCAUGACGUGGAGGUGUUUAUGGUGGGCUCGCGCGCAGAAGUCGGCCAAUGGGAGACGAGCAGAGCGGUCACCAUGACAGCGUCCAGGCAGCUCGUGUCGCUGCAUGAGCCAUGUCUGUGGAGAGGAGAGCUGCGCCUGUCCGAGUCCGAGCCCUGGACCCAGCCGUUCUGGUUCAAGUUUGUCAAACGAGUCGCGGGCUCUUUUAUAUUUGAAGGCAAUGGUCCGGCUCAUGACAGAGUGUGUGCGUAUGACGAGAGGAACAUGGUGGAUGGAGUUUACUGUCACCCCAUUGGUCACUGGAUAGAAGCGACAGGCCACACGGAUGAGAUGAAGCACACCACCAACUUUUACUUCAGUGUGGCAGGGCACAAGGCAAUGCACUUUUCAAGGAUUUAA